AUGGCAAAGGAAGAAAAGCUCAACGCAGAAGCCGCUACGAACGGAUGCGACAAAUCGGAGAAGCGCUCCCACGACGACGAGGUCGCAGUGCUGGCAGUUCGCAACCUUGUGUUUGAUCUGUGCACGCAAAAUGGCGGAGGCCACGGCGGCUCAGCGUUGGGAAUGGCUGCGAUCGGGGUCGCGCUGUGGAAGCACGUUAUGCGAUUCAAUCCGGCCAACCCCGAAUGGUUUGACAGAGAUCGGUUUGUGCUAUCCAAUGGCCACGCCAGCAUGUUCCUUUAUGUGAUGAACCACUUGGUGGGGUAUGAUGCCUGGACGAUCGAGGAGCUCAAAGGUUACGGGGCCCCCAAGGAAAACGGUUAUCACACCCUGUGCCACGGCCACCCUGAGCGCCAGGCUCCCGCCGUUGAGGUGACGACUGGGCCCCUGGGCCAGGGUGUUGCGAAUGCCGUUGGGCUGGCCAUCGCCUCUAAGAAUCUGGCGGCAAACUUCAACAAGCCUGAUUGUGAGCUGAUUCAGUCGACGAUAUGGUGCACUACGGGCGAUGGGUGCCUGAUGGAGGGGGUCGCAUUGGAAGCUAUUUCUCUUGCUGGCCAUUUGCAGCUGGAUAACCUUGUUCUCAUCUAUGACAACAAUGCCGUGACGUGCGACGGGCCACUGGACUGGAUCAAUACUGAGGACAUCAACACUAAGAUGCAGUCACAGGGAUGGGAAGUAAUAAACGUUCAGGAUGGCAACAAUGACGUUGAGACAGUUGUGGCAGCCUUGAAGCUUGCUAAAAUAUGCAAGGGGAAGCCUGUUUUCAUCAAUAUAAGGACCGUUAUCGGCGUUGGGACAUCCACAGCUGGGACCUACAAAGCACACCAUGGCGCCUUCGACAAGGACAGCAUCGCCAGAUCAAAGCAGCUUGCAGGUUUGUCUGCUGAAUCAACUCACGUCGUCCCACCUGAUGCACUGUCUCUCUUCCGUGAGAGACGACAACACGGCAAACGCCUUCAGGAGGAAUGGGAAGCCCGACUGUCUCAGUACUCAAAACUUUACCCCAAAGAGUAUGGUGCUUUCGACAGGCGACUGAAAAGGGACGUCGACGAGGGGAUAUCAUUACUGUCAGCAAUCGACAGCAAAGCCUUCGCUGGGAAGGCAACAAGAGAAACGAACGGUCGCAUUCUUGAAAAGCUCUGGGAGUCGAUACCCUCUCUUUGUGGCGGAGGCGCCGACCUCAUUAACUCCAAUAUGGUAUCCUACUCGGUAGAGGACGUCUUUUUGCCUCAGUCUGGAUACAAGGGCCGAUACCUUCGGAACGGUAUCAGGGAGCAUGCCAUGGCUUCAAUAGCGAACGGCUUGGCGGCCUAUAGCCCUGGAGCAUUCAUCCCCAUCACCGCCACAUUCUUUAUGUUCUAUCUCUACGCGGCACCUGGUGUGCGAAUGGGCGCUUUGAGCGACCUUCCAGUCAUUCAUAUCGCAACCCACGACUCCUUCCAGGAGGGGCAGAACGGGCCGACACAUCAACCAGUAGAAGUUGAUUCUCUCUACCGGGCCAUGCCGAACCUCUGCUACAUCCGACCCUGCGAUGCGGAAGAGUUGAUCGGGGCAUGGACCAUCGCGCUCUCGUCGAACAACGGUCCGACGAUGCUCUCGAUAGCUCGCGACCCAACAGGGCCAGUUCCAAACACAGAUCGAAAUCAGGUUCGCCGAGGGGCCUACAUCAUACAGGAUCAUCCCGACUACCAGCUUACCCUUGUCAGCUGUGGAACUAAUUUGCACUAUGCUGUUGCGACUGCCAAGUCCCUCGAGGAACAGGGGAUACCUACUCGGGUUGUCAGCGCCCCUAGCCUCGACUUGUUCGAGGUGCAGGACGAUGAGUACAAAAGGAGCGUGUUUCCCCCAGUGAAACGGCCUAUAAUUAGUGUCGAAGAGUAUGUAGCGACCACUUGGGCGAGGUACGUCACAGCCAGUAUUGGUAUGACCACAUAUGGGUACUCCGCGUCGAACCGCAGUAACUACGAUCGCUUCGGUAUGGACGCGAAGGGAAUCGAGAAGAAGGUGAAGCAUUACAUGGCACUUUUGAACGGUCAAUCUGCAAGGGAGUAUGGCUGGAGACAAUUAUAA